UGUUGAAGAAUGGAAGAAGAAGAGUGACGAUCUGUCGGCAGAGUUGGACGGAGCACAACGUGAAGUACGCAAUCAAUCGACAGAUCUCAUCAAAAUGAAAGCAAAUUACGAGGAAUUGAUGGAGACCGUUGAAGGUUUAAGACGUGAAAAUAAGGGUCUUUCGAGUGAGAUCAAGGAUUUGGGUGAUCAACUGAGUGACGGAGGACGUGCCCAACAUGAAACGCAAAAGAUUAUUCGACGUCUUGAAGUCGAGAAGGAGGAGCUCCAACGUGGACUUGAUGAAGCUGAAGGAGCACUGGAGGCUGAAGAAUCCAAGGUGAUGCGCGCACAAGUUGAAGUGGCCGAGAUUCGUUCAGAAGUUGAGAAGAGAAUUCGUGAGAAGGAAGAAGAA